AAACAUUCAGCAAUGUCAAAUGAUCUCCAUCAAUGUGAGCGAAUCUCAUCUUUGAUUCAUCUGCUUGUUUCUUCAUUUCAUUUGGACGUACAAAACACUGCGGGACUUUAAACGUUCAAAAGAAAAACAAAGAAGAGAAAAUGGACGCAGCAAACAAGUUGCACAAUUGUGAAUGGCCGAAUUGGAUAUCAAGUUAAAAAGAUUCCAAUUUUUUAUUUAGCCAUUCGCACGUCCGAUAAAUCAAUAAAAAUUGCACAAAUAUCUAAGGCUGUGAUUGAAAGAAUUUCAUUGGAACAGUUGUGUGAACAUGAAGCGAUCAACAUUUUAGCAAGUUGUGGAUCUAAUGGAAAUUCUGACAUGACAGAUCCGAGAUCAGUUAAAUUUCCAUCGUCAUCAAGUGCUGCAAGAUAAUUUAAAAGUUCCAAUGCUCUCAUAAGUGUUUCGGGUGCCGGUGGAUCCAUGAAAUCAAAAUGAACUAAAUCAUCAAUUCCAAGUUUCUUUAAUUGCAGCACAACAGUU